UCCUCUGGUCUUUUGGCCUUUGCUAAGUGUUUCCUGAGGCAUAGAGGAACUACAUUUUUCUUGUAUGAAUUGAUUGUUAUCUUCCUGUUGAAAAUAUUCCUAAAAAGUUUGCUUUACAAUUACAAAAAAAGUGUAGUGUUUUUCAGGCUUAUUGCUUGAUGGAGUUGGAGAAGAGAUUGGAAAUGACUGAUUCUGAAGGGAAUCAUUCCCUGAAGCUUGAGGCUGCGUGAUAGGUUCAAACAGUCCAAUCUAUGUAAGAUUUAUGUCUUCUAAAUGGCCUCAAAAUCGGGUGCCAGAGCUACUCCGGAAAAGCAGAGGAAACCAAGUGAUAAUCAAACAUCAGAAGGAAGCUGUAGCCAGCCUGCAGCCUUGCAGGUUACAAAGUCGAGUAAAUCAGAGCCAGUUAACCCUAGAAAACUACCUAAUAGUGCCCAACAGGUUCCUUCAAAGCCAGUUUCUGUUGCAACAGCUGUAAGUGGAAAAUCGGGGAAUUCUACUAAACAAUUGUCUCUCAAUUCGCUAGCUGAUGAAAUAGGUACAAGUUUAUCCUUGGCUAAUCUGAAACAAGUGCAGACUUGUAUGGAUCCUGAAGUGAGUGAGACAAAGGGCUUAUCAAAAGGUAAUUCUUAUCAAGAGAAGAAAACAUUAGAGCCUGAAAUUAGUCCCACAUCAGAUGUACGUGCUGAGAGAAUUAGCAGCCUUGAAAAGACCAGUGGGAGUGUCAAAGCUAGUGAUCAGGCUGAUUUUGUUGAGAGUGGGAAGACCAGUAUGUGUAGAGGAAGCACAAGCAGCAAUGUGAGUGAUGAAAGUACUUGUAGCAGCUUUAGUAGCAGUAUGAACAAGCCUCAUAAAGCAAAUGAUAUGAGAUGGGAAGCCAUACAAGCAGUUAGAACAAAAGAUGGAUUAUUGGGUUUGAGCCAUUUCAGACUUUUGAAGAGGCUGGGCUGCGGAGAUAUAGGAAGUGUCCAUCUUGCAGAGUUAACUGGAACAAAGUGUUACUUUGCUAUGAAGAUUAUGGACAAAGCAUCUUUAGCAAGUCGUAAGAAACUGCUUCGAGCUCAAACAGAAAGAGAAAUAUUACAAUCUCUUGAUCAUCCAUUCCUUCCAACUUUAUAUACCCAUUUUGAAUCUGACAAAUUCUCAUGUUUGGUUAUGGAGUUCUGCCCUGGAGGUGACUUGCAUACACUUCGUCAGAGGCAACCAGGGAAACAUUUUUCUGAGCAAGCAGUGAAGUUCUACAUAGCAGAGAUUCUCCUUGCCUUAGAAUAUCUUCACAUGCUUGGGAUUGUUUAUCGUGACCUCAAGCCAGAAAAUGUUCUUGUGAGGGAGGAUGGACACAUAAUGCUUUCUGACUUUGAUCUCUCCCUACGCUGUGCUGUCAGCCCUACAUUAGUCAAAUCAUCAUCGCUGGAGUCUGAACCUUUGCGAAAGAACCCUGUUUAUUGUGUUCAACCUGCUUGUAUUGACCCUUCUUGUAUACAGCCAUCGUGCGUUGUCCCAACAACAUGUUUUUCCCAUAGGCUCUUUUCAAGCAGAUCUAAGAAGGAUAGAAAACCCAUUGAAAUGGGAAAUCAAGUCAUUCCAUUGCCAGAGCUUAUUGCUGAGCCCAUCAAUGCUCGCUCGAUGUCCUUUGUGGGAACCCAUGAGUACUUGGCACAAAUAAUCAAGGGGGAAGGCCAUGGAAGUGCUGUUGAUUGGUGGACUUUUGGUAUCUUUCUUUACGAGCUAUUGUUUGGUAAGACUCCAUUCAAAGGAUCCGGGAAUCAGGCCACUUUAUCCAAUGUCGUAGGUCAGCCAUUACGCUUCCCGGAGUCACCAGUAGUGAGCUUUGCUGCAAGAGAUUUGAUAAGGGGUUUGCUAGUAAAAGAGCCACAGCACAGAUUGGCUUACAAGCGUGGAGCAACAGAAAUCAAGCAACACCCCUUUUUCGAAGGUGUGAACUGGGCUUUAAUCCGUUGUGCAAGUCCCCCAGAGAUCCCAAAACCAGUUCAACUUGAGCAGAUUCCGGUCCCAGCAUCAGCUAGCAGUAAAACCAGGCCCGGUGCUUUUAAGCAUGAUCAGAGUAAUUAUUUGGAAUUCGAUUUCUUUUAAAUUAUCUGCAGCAAAGACAUGGUAUGUUUGUUUUUGCUUUAAAGGGAAUAUGUAGAGUUUUUGAAAUAUCGAUGAUGUUCAAAUUAUAUUAGGGUUUUCAGAGAUACAAACAA